CCUCGCCCGCGGCGGCAGACCCUCCUCCGGCGCCUCGGCCGCCUCCCUCCGCGCCGCGGAAAGAUGCCCUUAACCCGGGGGUGUGAACGAGAGGGAGCAGUCGCUGCCGGAGCCGCCCGCGCCGCCGCCGCCGCCGCAGCCGCCGUCCGUGUCCUUUGAAUCCCGAGAAGCACCCCCGCUCCAGGGCGUCGGGAGCCUCGGCGGGCGGCCGCGGUGCGGGUGUGGGGAGACCGGGCUGCGUGCCCGGCGCGGCCCAGGCCGGCCGACCGGCGACCGGCGACCACCGACAUGGGGCGGGCUCGGGCGGCCAAGUAGCCGCUGCUCCCGGAGCCCGGCGCCCAGCGCCGCCCGCAGCCCGCGUUUCCAGCCCCGGCCGCGCCGCCAGCCAGGCCCCUGGGAGAAGCCGGGAGAGAAAUGAAGAGUUGUCCUCCGGAGCCGUUGGAAAUGGGACUAACUGCAAAGCCUUAAAAAGCGGGAGCUCGGGAGGAAAAAGGAAAAGGCUCCUCCGGGCAGGACUUGGCGUGCACCGGGCCGAGGGGGCUGCUUCAGGGACUCGCCCCCUCCCUUCCCGCUGGAGAAAUUGCCGCUGAUGCAUCAUCCAAGCGGUGGUUGGGAGGAUUUGCAGCCGAAUUUUUGGUUUUCCCUCCCCCUUACAUACGUUCUGGCCUUUUCCUGCCUUUUCUGUUUUCCUUCUUCCUGGGAAGUGAAUUGCUGAUGCAGAUCGGACUUAAUUCAUUAAUGAUGCAACCGGAUUCGUUUCAGGAUUAUGUUGCACGAGUUGAAUUUUGAAUGAAGGAGAAGAGUUCCCCCCGCCCCCCCUUAGAGAAGUGUUGACUCUUUGGUUCGUUGUACUUUUAAUUAUUAUCUUAUUUAAACAUACGAUUUAAUUGUAUUCUUUAAAAAUGUACCAAAUAUAUAUUUUAUGGUAACUGUCCCUCAGAAUAUAUGUAUAUGUGCGAAAUUGAAGACGCUUCAGUUAAGUGAGGGUACCGGUGUGUUGGAUGUUUAAUUCAGCACCGGCAUUGCGUGACAGUUGUUUGAAUAACAAGUGGUUUGUUUUUAAAACCACACCUUUUAAACUUUAGGUUCAAAGAAUCAGAGUAGGAGUCAUUAAUAAUAAUUUAAAGGAAAACCAGCAGAAAUCGAAGCCAACAUGUCUGGAGAAGUGCGUUUGAGGCAGUUGGAGCAGUUUAUUUUGGAUGGGCCGGCUCAGACCAAUGGGCAGUGCUUCAGCGUGGAAACGUUACUGGAUAUACUCAUCUGCCUUUACGAUGAAUGCAAUAACUCUCCGCUGAGAAGAGAGAAGAACAUUCUUGAGUACCUAGAAUGGGCUAAACCAUUUACUUCUAAAGUGAAACAGAUGCGGUUACAUAGAGAAGACUUUGAAAUAUUAAAGGUGAUUGGCCGAGGAGCUUUUGGAGAGGUUGCUGUAGUAAAACUGAAAAAUGCAGACAAAGUAUUUGCCAUGAAAAUACUGAAUAAAUGGGAAAUGCUGAAAAGAGCGGAGACAGCCUGUUUUCGUGAAGAAAGGGACGUCUUAGUGAAUGGAGACAAUAAAUGGAUUACAACUUUGCAUUAUGCUUUCCAGGAUGACAAUAACUUAUAUCUGGUUAUGGAUUAUUAUGUUGGUGGGGAUUUGCUAACUCUGCUCAGCAAAUUUGAAGACAGAUUGCCUGAAGAUAUGGCUCGGUUUUACCUGGCGGAGAUGGUGAUAGCAAUCGACUCAGUUCAUCAGCUGCACUACGUACACAGAGACAUCAAACCUGACAAUAUAUUGAUGGAUAUGAAUGGACAUAUUCGGUUAGCAGAUUUUGGAUCUUGUCUGAAACUGAUGGAAGAUGGAACAGUCCAGUCCUCAGUGGCGGUUGGAACUCCUGAUUAUAUCUCUCCGGAAAUCCUUCAAGCCAUGGAAGACGGAAAAGGCAGAUACGGCCCUGAGUGCGACUGGUGGUCCUUGGGCGUCUGUAUGUAUGAAAUGCUGUAUGGAGAAACGCCGUUUUAUGCAGAAUCUCUGGUGGAGACGUACGGGAAAAUCAUGAAUCACAAAGAAAGGUUUCAGUUCCCACCUCAGGUGACAGAUGUCUCUGAACACGCCAAGGAUCUCAUCCGAAGGCUCAUCUGCAGCAGGGAGCAUCGGCUGGGCCAGAACGGAAUAGAAGACUUUAAGAAACACCCCUUUUUCAGUGGCAUCGACUGGGAUAACAUUCGAAACUGUGAAGCACCUUAUAUUCCAGAAGUUAGUAGCCCAACAGACACAUCGAAUUUUGACGUGGACGACGAUUGCUUAAAGAACACUGAAACGAUGCCGCCACCAACCCACACUGCGUUUUCUGGCCACCACCUGCCGUUCGUGGGUUUUACCUAUACUAGUAGCUGCGUCCUUUCUGACCGGAGCUGUUUGAGAGUCACCGCAGGCCCCGCCUCCCUGGAUCUCGAUGCCAGCGUCCAGAGGACCCUGGAUAACAACUUAGCCACGGAAGCUUAUGAAAGAAGAAUUAAACGCCUUGAACAGGAAAAGCUUGAACUUAGUAGGAAGCUUCAAGAGUCAACGCAGACCGUCCAAGCUCUGCAGCACUCCACUGUCGACGGCCCCCUGGCGGCGAGCAAAGAUUUGGAGAUAAAAAGCUUGAAGGAAGAAAUUGAAAAACUAAGGAAACAAGUAAGAGAGUCGAGUCACUUGGAGCAACAACUUGAAGAAGCUAACUCAGUGAGGCGAGAGCUAGAUGAUGCUUUUAGACAAAUCAAGGCUUAUGAAAAACAAAUCAAAACGUUGCAGCAAGAACGGGAAGAAUUAAAUAAGGAACUAGUCCAGGCUAGUGAGCGAUUAAAAAACCAGUCCAAAGAGCUGAAAGACGCACACUGCCAGAGGAAGCUGGCCAUGCAGGAGUUCAUGGAGAUCAAUGAGCGGCUCACAGAAUUGCACACCCAAAAACAGAAACUUGCUCGCCAUGUCCGAGAUAAGGAAGAAGAGGUGGACCUGGUGAUGCAAAAAGUUGAAAGCUUAAGGCAAGAACUGCGCAGAACAGAAAGAGCCAAAAAGAGGUUACUGGAAGUUCACACAGAAGCUAUAGCCGCCGAAGCGUCUAAAGACAGGAAACUGCGUGAACAGAGCGAACACUAUUCUAAGCAACUGGAAAAUGAGUUGGAGGGACUGAAGCAAAAACAAAUUAGUUACUCACCAGGAGUAUACAGCAUAGAACAUCAGCAAGAGAUAACUAAACUAAAGACAGAUUUGGAAAAGAAAAGUAUCUUUUAUGAAGAAGAAUUAUCUAAAAGAGAAGGAAUACAUGCAAAUGAAAUUAAAAACCUAAAGAAAGAACUGCACGAUUCAGAAGGCCAGCAGCUUGCUCUGAACAAAGAAAUUAUGAUUUUGAAAGACAAAUUAGAAAAAAACAGGAGAGAGAGUCAAAGUGAAAGGGAAGAAUUUGAAAAUGAGUUCAAACAGCAGUAUGAACGAGAAAAGGUGUUACUAACUGAAGAAAAUAAAAAACUGACCAGUGAACUUGAUAAGCUCACCACCCUGUACGAGAACUUAGGCGUGCGCAACCAGCAGCUGGAAGAAGAGGUGAAAGACCUGGCAGACAAGAAAGAGUCCGUGGCGCAUUGGGAAGCCCAGAUCACAGAAAUAAUUCAGUGGGUCAGUGAUGAAAAGGAUGCACGAGGGUAUCUUCAGGCCUUGGCUUCUAAAAUGACCGAAGAGUUGGAAGCGUUAAGGAACUCCAGCUUGGGCACACGAGCCACGGACAUGCCCUGGAAAAUGCGUCGUUUUGCGAAGCUGGACAUGUCCGCUCGACUGGAGUUGCAGUCAGCCCUGGACGCAGAAAUAAGGGCCAAGCAGGCCAUCCAGGAGGAGCUGAACAAAGUGAAGGCGUCCAACAUCAUAACGGAAUGUAAACUAAAAGACUCGGAGAAGAAGAACCUGGAACUACUCUCAGAAAUCGAACAACUGAUAAAGGACACAGAGGAGCUUAGAUCUGAAAAGGGUAUAGAGCACCAAGACUCACAGCAUUCUUUCUUGGCAUUUUUGAAUACGCCUACCGAUGCUCUGGAUCAAUUUGAAGAUUCCUUUUCUUCUUCCUCAUCUUCACUGAUUGAUUUUUUGGAUGACCGCUCUCCGUCCUGCACUCCAGCUAGCAAAGGCAGACGUACUGUAGACAGCACUCCACUCCCAGUGCACACACCAACCCUAAAGAAAAAGGCCUGCCCCGGCUCAGCUGGCGCCCCGCCCAAGCGCAAGACGCACCAGUUCUUCGUCAAGUCGUUCACUGCCCCCACCAAGUGUCACCAGUGCACCUCGCUGAUGGUGGGCUUGAUCCGGCAGGGCUGUUCCUGUGAAGUAUGUGGAUUCUCGUGUCAUAUCACCUGUGUCAACAAAGCUCCCACCGUGUGUCCGGUGCCCCCUGAGCAGACCAAAGGCCCCCUGGGCAUAGACCCUCAGAAAGGAAUAGGAACUGCGUACGAAGGUCAUGUCAGGAUCCCGAAGCCCGCCGGGGUGAAGAAGGGGUGGCAGAGAGCGCUGGCUGUGGUUUGUGACUUCAAGCUCUUUCUGUACGACGUUGCUGAGGGAAAAGCGUCUCAGCCCAGCGUGGUCGUCAGUCAGGUGAUUGACAUGAGGGACGAAGAGUUCUCUGUGAGCUCAGUCCUGGCUUCUGACGUCAUCCACGCAAGUCGGAAAGAUAUCCCCUGUAUAUUUAGAGUCACCACUUCCCAGCUCUCCGCGCCUAAUAACAAGUGUUCGGUCCUGAUGCUGGCGGACAGCGAGAACGAGAAGAGCAAGUGGGUGGGGGUGCUGAGCGAGCUGCACAAGAUCCUGAAGAAAAACAAAUUCAGAGAUCGCUCAGUCUACGUUCCCAAGGAGGCCUACGACAGCACCCUGCCCCUCAUCAAAACCACCCAGGCCGCUGCGAUCAUAGAUCACGAAAGGAUAGCUCUGGGCAACGAAGAAGGUUUGUUUGUCGUGCACGUCACCAAAGACGAAAUUAUCAGAGUUGGCGACAAUAAGAAGGUGCAUCAGAUUGAGCUCAUUCCACACGACCAGCUUGUUGCUGUGAUCUCAGGACGGAACCGUCACGUACGACUCUUUCCUGUGUCCGCCUUGGACGGACGAGAGACGGAGUUCUACAAGCUGGCGGAGACGAAGGGGUGUCAGACCAUCACUUCUGGGAAGGUGCGCCAUGGAGCCGUCACGUGCCUGUGUGUGGCCAUGAAACGGCAGGUCCUCUGCUAUGAACUGUUCCAGAGCAAGACCCGGCACAGGAAGUUCAAGGAGAUCCAAGUCCCGUACAAUGUGCAGUGGAUGGCGGUCUUCAGCGAGCACCUCUGUGUGGGCUUCCAGUCGGGGUUUCUGCGGUACCCCCUGAACGGAGAGGGGGGCCCGCACAGCAUGCUCCACUCGAACGAUCACACACUGUCCUUCAUUGCGCACCAGCCCAUGGACGCCAUCUGCGCAGUCGAGAUCUCCAGUAAAGAGUACCUGCUGUGUUUUAGCAGCAUCGGGGUGUACACGGACUGCCAGGGCCGCAGGUCCAGGCAGCAGGAGCUGAUGUGGCCGGCGAGCCCGUCCUCUUGUUGUUACAACGCACCCUAUCUCUCAGUGUACAGUGAAAAUGCGGUUGACAUCUUCGAUGUGAAUUCCAUGGAAUGGAUUCAGACUCUCCCGCUCAAAAAGGCUCGACCUUUAAACAGUGAAGGAUCAUUAAAUCUUUUAGGCUUGGAGACAAUUAGAUUAAUAUAUUUCAAAAACAAGAUGGCAGAAGGGGAUGAACUGGUAGUUCCAGAAACCACAGAUAAUAGUCGGAAGCAAAUGGUUAGAAAUAUUAACAACAAGCGGCGUUACUCCUUCAGAGUCCCGGAGGAGGAAAGGAUGCAACAGAGGAGAGAGAUGCUCCGAGAUCCUGAAAUGAGAAAUAAAUUAAUUUCUAACCCAACCAAUUUUAACCACAUAGCACACAUGGGCCCCGGGGAUGGAAUCCAGAUCCUGAAAGACCUGCCCAUGCCAGGCUUCCCGUAUCCGUCCCCUCACCGUCACCCCGGUCUGAUCUCCUCUCCGGUCAACUUUGAACACAUCUAUCACAUGACUGUUAAUUCUGCUGAAAAAUUUCUCUCUCCUGACUCCAUAAACCCUGAACACCCCCCGUGUCUGCGCUCUGUCCCUGGCACGCCCAGCCUCACGACUCUGAGGAACCCUCGGCCUCAGGAAAGUCGGACAGUAUUCAGUGGCUCAGUCAGUAUUCCAUCGAUCACCAAGUCCCGCCCUGAACCCGGUCGCUCCAUGAGUGCCAGCAGUGGCCUGUCGGCAAGGUCGUCCGCACAGAACGGCAGCGCGCUGAAGAGAGAGUUCUCCGGAGGAAGCUACAGCGCGAAGCGGCAGCCGCUGCCGUCCCCGUCCGAGGGCUCGCUGUCUUCGGGAGGCAUGGACCAAGGGAGUGACACCCCGGCCAGAGACUACGACGGGGAGGACUCCGACUCUCCGAGGCAUUCCACAGCUUCCAACAGCUCCAACCUGAGCAGCCCGCCCAGCCCGGCGUCCCCGCGGAAGACCAAGAGUCUCUCUCUGGAGAGCACGGAUCGCGGGACCUGGGACCCGUGACCCGCCUCGACCCCAGACGGACCAGAGCCACUUCUCGCUCUCAGCCGCCCGCCCCGCGCUCCCUUCCGUCUGUCCCUCCGCCUCUGCCUGACAGCCCUGUGGCAGCAGCGGUGGGGGGCGGGACUCAGGAGUGUGACGGCGGCUCCCAGACCUGCCCCUCCGCUUCACAGCAACAACCAUAAAGGCAGACGUCCAUGGAACAGCUUAGAUUAACACUGAUUUCAUUUCAUACCCUUAGAGUUGCUUUCCAUAAUAUUUUACCCGCGCCCCCAAACGGUAGCUUCAGUAGACCGAUGACACAAAGUUGUAAGCACUACGGUAGGAUUAGACAGACUCUGUUUUCUCUGCCCGUCUCAGUGUAGUCCCCAGACGGCGCACGGGUUCUCGGGUGGUCCCGGAGCUCCCGUCCGCACCCACAGUGCACGUCGACCCGGUCGUUGCCAGUCAGCCCUUAUUAACGAAAACAAUGCCUAUUUUACUACGAUGCAGAGUUUAAAGAACUACACAAAUGUAGAGGUUAAAUACUGAAUGUACAUAGUGAAAAGAAGCAUCUUGUAUUCAGUGAAAGAUGGAUGCAUAUAUAAGAGAGCAUUUAAUUUAAAGAAGUGUGUUGUUUCUUGUCUGUUUUCCAGCUAAGUAAUUUAAACAGCAGAAAGGCCUGGAGCUGACCUUGCGGAGGGAGAGGGAGAGGAAUCAGGGUUCCCUUUGGUGCCGCGUCCUCGCGCUGGGGCAGGGCCCAGUCCCCUGGGAGCUGUAGGGAACCGUGCAGACUUCGGUGUUGUGGGGUUGGUGCACGCCUGGGCGCCAGACUAUUUGACAUUUGAGGCCUCUGCAGCAGCAGCCUCAGGAGGCAGAUUUCCUUCUAUCCAAGACCUUUCUUUUUCUAGUAGAAUUGAGCCACGCUUCUCCUGUUUUGAUACGGUGGUACCUUCUGCAGAUGAAUGUAGAAAUGCAGUUUUGUUACCUUCUGAUCCCUUCCAUCCGACACAAGGAACUCGGCUUCCGAAGGGCCAUGAGAGGGUCUUAGAAGUGCUUUUCUUUCUGGGCUAAUCCCAUCCCCCCUAGUGGCAGCGAGGUGUCUGUCCCCAGCUGAGCCGGCGUCUCAGGGAGGAGUCUGUUUUGAGUGUGGUGCCAGCUUCCUCAGAUAAGCCUGGGAAAGGGGUUUAAUUACCAAAUAAUAGAAAACCUCAAAAGCAAGGACUUGAACAGCCUUAACCAAAUAUUCUUUCCCAUACGCAGUGGGUAAUGCACGUGUUCACAGGGCCUGGCAGGAGGUCUGCCCAGCGUGGGCGGGCCGAGUGCCACCUUGACCGGAUAAGCUUUUCCCCUCACUUGCUACAUUGUGUUGUUAGUUACAUUUCCGUUUGAAUUCCUGCUGUUUUAAUUACUGCAAGAAAAUGAGAUGCAGAACCAGAACUUUUUUCCUGUCAUUUCACCAGUUAAGCACAUGAUAGAGAAAGAGAUAGAAAUAAACAUAUCUCAUGGAAGUAAAGAGAAUUCUCUCCUCUUUUUCUUUUUAUCUAAAUUUGAGAACUGGAAACAGGAUUUUUUCCCCCUCUCUUUGAACUUCAGCUAAAGCGGAAGAGUUUGCCUGCAGCGUCAGGGUCGGAACACUGCCAGUCACCGGAGUCCGCGCAGCCCUCAGCAGCCGUGCCGCCUGCCGGGCCACUGCGGGCCCCAGGGGGCCGAGCCUGCUUCCAGGUCCAAGCUGCUCUGUGCAGAAGGUCAUCGAGGUUCAGUGACAGGAGAAAAGAUCCUGUUUGGGGAUUAUAUCGCAAAAGGUUACAGUAGAGAAGUUAAAAAUAAUAACAUUAAGCUUUGACAUUUAGACGUUCUGAGCUAGGGACUCACUCAGAUGAGACAGUUUUACUUUGGUUGGGCCUGACUUACUGUGCAGUUCUAACCUCCCAGAUCUUUUUGCUUUUGGAAAAGAAGUGUCACGAAAGACUGUUUUGUACCUCCGGUAUCCAGGGUUGGACCUUGAGUUGGGUUAUUGCCACAUGACUCUGGUAGCUCCUUAAACUUGGCAUUUCCCAGGAGAGGAGGGAAGCAACCAGCUGGCCAGUGGCUGAGUGUCUGGCCGGCUGCCCCCUCCCCUCCUGACCCUCCUUUUCCUCUCCAUUCCUUGGUCCUCACAUACCCCCCACCUGCUUCUCUUCCCUGGGACUCUGUACUAAGUCAUUAGUUUAUCUCUCCGACAACUAAGUGAGUGAGUGUUGCCUGUAGGUGCUUACUUUUUAAAGGAUGCUUUUAGGAUCAAGAUAUAAUCCUACUGAAGCCUGGACUCCACUAGUGAGUCGUACCCUUCAGCCUCCCAACAGGGCAGAUGAGAGCAAGCUCGUUCCGGCUGCGGGGCUCACAGGCCGUCACUUCUUGGCAUCCCUGUGGAGUGCGGCCUACCUAGCACGUGCGCUUUCCGCAGCAGUCGUACGUGGUACCGGCCCCAGGCCUGGCUAGAUUCUAACAGCAGGACUCCGGAAGAAACACAGACAGGGUUCUAGUUUGGCAGGCUCCCAAGAUAACGAUCCCCCUACCAGUCUCAUCCCCAACGCGAAGUGGGCGCCUUCAGAAGCUUCUAAAGAGAAUGAUUUGAAAAGACGGGGAAGAGUGCCGGGGAAACGGGAAAUGGCAGUCAGUCGAAGGGAUCGGUAGCCAGGGUCACGGGAAGGUUUCCAUGCCGUCUGAGGUCACCCUUGUGUUUGUGGGGGACACUUUAAAACGUACAUGGCAGCAGGAACUCCGUUCUCUUCUCAGUAGAAAGGAACAAUAAGCGAAGGGACAUUUCUGACAUAGCCCGAAGUGUUGGUAUUUGGUGCUAUUUACGUCCAGCCAGUUUGCUGUCGACCCUCAAAUUCUAAUUUAAUCUUGUCAUGUGCUUUGGGUGUAUGAAAUUAUGUACAUACAUAUAUAUUUCUUUUUACCAAAAACAAGCCUGCCUUCUUAUCAAAUGACUAUUAACGUGUAUUUCACUUCCUUAAUUAUGUGUGGACACACACACAGCACACACCCUGCUAACUUAGUGACUUGUUUUCCCAGGGAGCACAGUGUUCAGGCCAUGAGAUACACGGCCGUAAAGGGUCUCUCGAGCUUCCCAAUCAGUUCUUGUACCCAAGCUUCAGGGAGGACUGAAAUUCAUAUUAUGUUUACAGCAACAACCUGCCAUUCCCUGGCUGGCUCUCAACCUCUCCCUGCUUUCCGCACUGUUAGAAUCAUUUUGUUUCUUAGCAGCCACGCCUACUUCUGUGAAAGCCCAGGUGGCAUUUAUGUGGACUCAGGAACCUUCGAGAAGAGCCAGCGCAGGGCUGGGCGGACAUCCCCUCCCCCCACGUACAGCAGGGCCCUUUGCCUGCCUCUGGCCGUGGUCGAGCCCUGUGGUCUCCGCUGCACGGGGCCUUGGGAUGCUCACUGUCCACUUUCUGGACGGAGUGGGACUCUCAGCAGUGGUCACACUUCGCCACUCCCCAGAUCCACUGGGCACAGCAGGGAAGUAACGGGCACUUCCCACCCCACCUCCCCGGGCCCGGCCCCUCAGGACGUUUCCUGGAGUCCAUCUCUAAAACCUCUCUCUUUGUUAUGACUUCAGUUGUCACUCAAGCCCAGCGUUCUCUGCAGAGUCCCUUGCUUCGCCAGAUCUCCUCCCAGCCCGGCACUGGCCAGCAGGCCCGGCCUCUCGCCCUCCCCGGGGCAGCCCUGGCACACAGAACCUUGUCCUUUUUGGGGGGGUGGGGGAGGUUGACAGAACCAAAUCAACCCUGAAAUCUCAUGAAAACAAAAUGACCUGCCUUUUUAUUUGAUAGUGUAAUAUCAUUUGUUUCAUAAGUUCUUUAGGGUUUUUUCUCAUUGUAAUAUUAUUGUACAGUUUUGCAUGGCCUAGGUGUAAUCAUUUUUUUUUUGUUUAGAGUAUAAUGCUGACAAAUGAUGUGCGUAUGGAAGGGGAAAAGACAUUGCUUUGGCCUUUUAUCACUUCCUCAUUUCAUUUGGUUUGGUUUUCUGCCCUCGGUGUCUUAGGGAAGUUUAUAAGAGAUUCUCUGCUACCAAACUGGUGUGGAUUCUUUUGCACAGAAAUAUUUAAGGUGGGAUAGUCAAAAAUGUAACAGAAGACUCCUCGCCAAUAUUUUAUGUCGGUAUCACUUAAUAUUAACCAGACUUUGAUGUAUUGCAAUAAAACAGGGAACUGUUA